AUAUUCAGAUACCCUGUCGUCGUCGUCAGUGAUGGCUAGCAUCCUUGCACGUGUGGGUAACAGCCGGCGGCAGAAUGCACCCUUGCCGCCUUGGGCCCAUUCCAUGCUGAGGUCCCUGGGGCGGAGUCUCGGUCCUUUAAUGGCCCACAUGGCGGAGAAGAACAUGAAGUUGUUCUCGGGAAGGGCAGUGCCAGCCCAGGGGGAGGAAACCUUUGAAAACUGGCUGAUCCAAGUCAACGGGGUCCUGCCAGACUGGAAUAUGUCCGAGGAGGAAAAACUCAAGCGCUUGACGAAAACCCUUAGGGGCCCUGCCCGGGAGGUCAUGCGUCUGCUCCAGGCGGCCAAUCCCAAUCUAAGCGUGGCAGAUUUCUUGCGGGCCAUGAAAUUGGUGUUUGGCGAAUCUGAAAGCAGUGUGACUGCCCAUGGUAAAUUUUUUAACACCCUGCAGGCGCAGGGGGAGAAAGCCUCCCUUUAUGUGAUCCGUUUAGAGGUGCAGCUGCAGAAUGCCAUCCAGGCAGGCAUCCUAGCUCAGAAAGAUGCAAACCAGAUUCGCCUGCACCAGCUCCUUGCUGGAGCUGAGCUGAACAGGGACCUGCGAUUCAGGCUUAAAGGUCUUCUCAGGAUGUAUGCCAAUGAGCAGGAGCAUCUUCCCAAUUUCCUGGAGUUAAUCAGGAUGAUAAGGGAGGAGGAGGACUGGGAUGACACGUUCAUUAGACGGAAGCGUCCCAAAAGAUCUGAGUCCAUGGUGGAGAGGGCAGCCAGCCCUGUGGCAUUUCAGGGCUCCUCCCCCAUCGUGCUCGGCAGCACUGGCUGCAACGUGAUAGAGAUAGACGAUACGCUGGGUGACUCAGAUGAGGAUGUGAUCCUGGUGGAGUCUGGGGACCCUCCCCUCAGAGGCAGCGCCAGAUCUCAGGAUCAAGUACUGGUCAUUGAUUCCCCCCACACUUCGGGGCUUCAGUUGCCUUCCACUAGUGUUGGUUCUGGCCAUAAGAAUACUGGUCCUGGAGAUAUACGCAGAACCAGGAAGCGGAAGUGCACGACCCGCUGUUCCUACUGUGGCGAGGAGGGCCACUCUAAAGAAACCUGUGACAAUGAGAGCAACAAGGCCCAGGUUUUUGAGAACCUGAUCAUCACCCUGCAGGAGCUGACCCAUGCAGAAGAGGAGGGGUCAGGAGAGGCACCUGAUGAACACAGUGACCCCUCUGAGUCACAGUAAGCUGCUAGUCUCCUGCCUUAAAUGCACCCUUACCUAUAUCCACAGUCCAAUGAUGGGAAAACUGGAGGAAGGGAACUUCUAUUUGCAUGAAUUAAUCCACGGAAUGACUUUCUUUCGGGGUGAAGGAGAGAAAGGGUCUGAAUACCAGCACAAUGAAAAGGGAUGGCUGACCUCUGUCCCUGCUCCCUCUCCCCACUGCCUAUGGGUCUAUUUUCUUGUGUGUGCACAGUUCCUUGAUGGCUUUAUUAUUCUCUUUGUGAAAGUGGUAUAACUCACUGUUACAUCUUCAAAUACUAGAGCAAAGUACAAAAGGUACAGAUGAUACCCAAACUCCCAAUCUUUAUAUAACCCUUUGGUGAAUCUCCUUCCAGAUAUUUCCCUAUACCUAUAUACCCAGUUAGAUAUAUAGAUAGAAGUGAUCAAAUAUAA